UCGGAAAUCAGUUCCCGUUUGAACGCGACGCAGCGAGCAACAUGCAGCCGUUGCUCCUAGUGCUGGCCCUUUGUGUGGCCCAAAUCUGUGCCCUCUCUUUGAGGCCCCGACCCAACUUUAGCGAUGACUUCGAUGGGGAAGACACCGGACUGCCGUGGCAACCGGAGCCCCUGAAACCAGCUCCCUGGCAGGCGGAGCGCCAAGUUCAAGACACCCAGGCCCCCAGAGCUGAGGUUCAAGUGCCCGGAAUCGGACAGGUCGUGGGAAUUGGUGGCUACCGGACUAUAGCCAAUCGUCCGAUCAACGCCUUUCUGGGUCUGCGUUACGGCCAAGUGGGAGGCGGUCUGGCCCGCUUCCAGGCUGCCCGACCGGCCGGCUUUCAGGGCAGGAUUACCGCCACUGCCCAGAGUCCAAAUUGCGCCCAGUUUCCGGAACUUGACCGCCUGAGGAGUGCGGAAUCGCGUGGCGAGAAUGUGGACGACUGCCUCACCCUGGACAUCUACGCACCCGAGGGUGCCAAUCAGCUGCCCGUGUUGGUCUUCGUCCACGGUGAAAUGCUGUUCGACGGCGGAUCCGAGGAGGCCCAGCCGGAGUACAUCCUGGAGAGGGAUGUGCUGCUGGUCUCCAUCAACUACCGAUUGGCUCCCUUCGGCUUUUUGAGCGCCCUGAGCGACGAGCUGCCCGGAAAUGUGGCUCUUUCGGAUCUGCACUUGGCCCUGGAGUGGCUGCAGAAGAAUCUGGUCUACUUUGGCGGCAAUCCUGCACAGGUGACCCUGGUGGGCCAGGCGGGCGGAGCCACCUUGGCCCACGCCCUGAGCCUCAGCGGUCGUGCCAAAGGUCUCUUUCAGCAAUUGAUCCUGCAGUCGGGCACCGCUUUGAACCCCUAUCUGAUUGAUGAGCAGCCACUUGCCACCCUGGACACUUUCGCCCGUCUGGCCCGCUGCCCCCCGGCCACGCCCUCUCCGCGUCUCCGCCUACAACCACUGUAUGACUGCCUCGCCCGACUGCCCACCUCCCAGCUGGUGGCCGCCUUCGAGCAAUUGCUGCUGCAGAACGAGCAGUUCGGAUUGACCCACCUUGGCGGCUUUAAGCUGGUGGUCGGCGAUCCCCUGGGAUACCUGCCACGCCCCCCAGCCCAACUGGCCGCCAAUGCCAGCAACGCCCUGCCCAUGAUUAUCGGCGCCACCAAGGAUGCCAGCGCAUUCAUCGUGUCGCGCACCUACGACCAGAUCGCCCAUCUUCAGUCCCAGAAUGUGAGUGACUACAUCGACGUGGUGCUGCGUCAUACAGCGCCGCCCAGCGAGCACAAAAUGUGGAGGCAGUUCGCACUGCGCGAGCUCUUCAAGCCGGACCACGAGCGUACGGCUAGUCCGGAGUCCGUGGCCCAGGGCCUGCUGGAGCUGAGCAACUACAUCUUGUACCGCGCACCCGUGAUUAAUACCAUCCGUCAAUCGUACCGUUCUACGCCGGCCUACCUGUACCUGUUCGAUUACCGUGGGGAGCACCAUCGGUUCUUCCACCUGUCUAACCCACUUCCUUUCGGGGUGGAUGCCUCUCUCAGCGAUGACAGCGUGUACUUGUUUCCCUAUCCGCCGGAGUCCAGCAGCCUGAAUCCAUUGGACAGGUCGCUGUCCCGCGCCCUGGUCACCAUGUGGGUGGACUUUGCUGUUACGGGCGUGCCCAAUCACAAUUCCGGAGUAUGGCCACGGGCUACCUCUGAGUAUGGUCCCUCCCUGCGCUUCACCAAGUCCCGCGAGAAUCCUCUCGAAGUGGACCCGCACUUUGGCGAAGGUAUUAACUUGCCCAAUCCCAGCGGGCAGAGUUUUAAGCCAACCAUCAACAAUGCAUAUCCCAACCCUACAACGACAACCACGACCACAACCACAACUACAACCACCAGCCGCCCGUACGCUUACAACCCAUAUGCCAAUUGGCAGAACAGGCCAAGCCAACAGCAACCGUCUUGGAAUCCUGCGGAUCCGGAAUAUGUCAGGGCUCAGGAAGCCAAGCAGCAGCAGUUUAUCCGCGAUCGAGAACAGCGUUGGCGAGAGCAGCAGCAGCGAAAUAAUCGGCGCCGCCCACAACACGAGACUCGCGAAGAUUUAGGACGAGAUUAUGAGCAGCGUGUCCAACAGCAAAUGGAGCAAGAAGAGCGACUGCGACAGCACGAGGAGCGAGUGCGACAGCAGCGAGAGCAAGAAGAGCGAUUGCGUCAGCAGCAAGAACGAGAGCAACAAGAACGUGAACAGCAAGAACGAGAGCAACAAGAACGUGAGCAGCAAGAACGAGAGCAACGGGAACGAGAACAACAAGAACGACAUCUGCAAGAACGAUACGAACCACAUCCCGAGGAUAGUCCAGAAAAUCACCCAUGGGGCGGAUAUCCCUCUUACGAAGAAGAAGAACAGCCCCGAGAGCAAGAGCGAGAUCAGCAAGAGCGAGAUCAGCAAGAGCGAGAGCAGCAAGAGCGAGAGCAACAAGAACGUGAGCAACAGGAACGUGAGCAACAGGAACGUGAGCAACAGGAACGCGAUCAAGAGCCACAAGAACCCGAAGAAUCCGACAAUGUUCCAACAGAUAAUCGGGCACCUUAUCAUUCAUAUGACGAAUAUAGUCAAGAAAACCAUGAAAAUCCUUCCGAACCUGAACCCGACCGUAACUACAACGAGGAGCAGGAACGCGAAGAACAACAGCGAGAGCAACUGCGUCGAGAGCAGCAGGAACGCGAGGAACAACAGCGGGAGCAACUGCGUCGAGAGCAGCAAGAACGGGAUUACCAGUCUCAGCCAAGUGAUCGGCCUGAAGACUACCCAAGCUAUGAGGACUACCUGAAGGCCCACCAAGCACGAAAUUCAGAACGUGAUCGUUACUAUGCCGAAGAGCAGGAACGCGAGCGACAGCGACAAGAGCAAUUGCACCAAGAGAGGCACCAGCAACCGGAAGAAAAUCUGCCAGAUGAACGUCAGCCCUAUCCCAGCUACGAAUCAAACGAUUCCGAUCGCAACUAUGCCGAAGAACAGGAUCGCGAGCAACAGCGAACAGAUCAGGUGGAUGAGGAACAACAGGUUGGCGAGGAUCAAGGAGAUAAUCGCACUGACGAGGAGAACGAAGGCGCAGCAGACCCGGGAGCUCUCAAUGUCGAGGACUUUCCGAGCUAUGAGGCAUACCUCGAGGCCGCAAUGAAGCAACAACAGGAUCGGGAGGAACAGGAGCGGUUAGAGGAGGACCGUGCUAGGGCCCAGGAAGAGGAGGAGGACCGUGUUAGGGCUCAACAGGAAGAGGAGGAGCGUCAUCGGGCCCAAUAGAAUAGGCAACACUCUUCAAGAUUAUUGGCAACUGAAGACCUUGAUCACUUUAAGCUCCUGCACAGGCAGCAGUAGAAGAUACCACCUUGCUAAAUAUUCUUUAUAUUUUAAAAAAUAACAUAAAAAUGUUACAAAAUACAAAUUGUAAAAUGUUAAAAACUUA